CUUUGAUGAUAAUUUUCCUGUAUUUCAACAGCUAAAUAUCUAUGUCAGACAGAGGGAUCUGAGAAAGGCCUUUGCCUGACACAGAACAGCUCAGCCAUGAGUGAGAACCCCCCUGCCAACCUCACCACUGGAGAUGCUCCAACUGGUCCCACUACACCACGCAAGGGGCCUCCUAAAUUCAAGCAGAGGCAGACAAGGCAGUUCAAGAGCAAGCCUCCUAAAAAAGGAGUAAGAGGAUUUGGAGAUGACAUCCCAGGAAUGGAGGGACUGGGCACAGAUAUCACAGUGAUUUGCCCAUGGGAAGCUUUCAGCCAUCUGGAACUGCACGAGCUGGCCCAGUUUGGGAUCAUUUAAGGUGCCAGCAUCUCUAUGGGUGUCACCUGGUGACUCCACAGAUUGCAGCAUGGUCUUCAUCACCUUUGACACUUAUUUUUAGCCCUUACAUCAAUCUGCUCAUGGGCAGAGUGAUUUUGUAAGAGCUAGUUGUAUGAAAGUACUUCGCAGAUUAAUUUGGUAAAGAAGUUACUCAGGACCCUGAACAGACCUCAUGUUCCAUGUGAUGAAACUACUUUAAAAUGUCUUAAUGCCUCCCUGUUCCAUAUCAUGUCUUUCUCACUGUCACAGAUCUUCAUGUACAUGGAGAUAAAGGAAGGAUGUAUUUGAACUUUUCCCCUGAUUGACUUUUCUCCUGGUUAGAUGAAAUACUGUGUAUAUGGUUAUGCAUGUAUGUCCAGACCUAAUUUUAUCAUGACCAUUCUUUUUCUUCCCUCCCUGCCUGACAGCUUUCUAUAUAGGAUUUCUGUAGGUAUGUCCCCACUUUUAUCCAGGUCAUCAAUUAGUUGAUGGGACUAGUAACAGGAUGGGGCAGAGAACAGGAUGAGAGUCACCCGUCCAGAUUUUAUGUGGGAGGAGACCACAGUACGAAAUAAGAAAU